AUGCCCGCCGCCAAGAAGUCAUCGAAGCGCUCCAAGCGACAGCUCUCUGUAGCCGAGUUCCGCGCUGCUUCUGCCGAACUUUUUCGUGAAGAUGAAAAGCGCAAAGCUAAAAUCGCUCGAGUCGUUCCUCCUGCCCGAGGUUUGGACUCGGAUGACGAGAUUGACUCGCCGACGCCUCGCUACGACCUGUGUGUAGCUGCUGAAGGACCGGAAGGUGUGCUCAAGCACACGAACUUUUCGCAAGCUGAAUUCGAUCGGAUCUGGGAAAGAAUUGAAGACUUUGUCGCUGCUAACUGGGGCGUGGGACGUGGCAAGAAACCCGAAGAGGCUCCAAAAGACGUGUUUUUCAUGUCGGUCUGCGCGAUGAAACACUGUGGCAAGUGGGAUACCGUCGCUCACAUGUUUGAUAAGGGCUCAUCCACCUUUCAGAAGAUGGUACGGGGCUUUUUAGAGGUUGUUACCCCUCGCCUGUACGAGCUAUUCGUCACUUCACAAGAGAAGAUGUCGGUAGAGAAGCUCACGCUUAGCGGGCGCACAUUUGACAACUUCAAGCGUGCUCGAUACGCCACCGACGUGACGUUCCAGCAGUCGAAUCGGCCCCGUGGAAACCACCGGGAAUCGAUCGGGUACUACAGCGGCAAGCAUCACCUCUACGGCUACAAGGUCGAAGUGUCCGUGCUUCCUACAGGCCUCGCUCUAAACUGCACUCCACACGCACGGGGCAGUGUCGCUGAUAUUACAUUGUUCCGAGAGAACGCCGAAUUCCAUGUGAAUGCACUCAAGAAGCAGUCGUCUGAGGUGAACCUCCCAGACAACGAUCCACUGCAUGACACGCAUCCUGAUGAGUGGGCUGUACUGACGGAUAAAGGGUACCAAGGUUUGGAGGUGGACUUCCGUGCGAUCCACCCCAAAAAGCGUCGGGGUCGGCAGCCUCUCACGAUUGCUGAAGUUAACCAGAACGACAGGAUCUCACACGAUCGAGUGAUCGUGGAGAACUACUUCGGCCGGAUGAAGACACUUUGGGCGUUGAUGGCGGACAAGUACCGCUGGGACGAGCAAUGGUACGACCUGUACUUUAAGACGUGUCUGGCGCUGACUAAUGUCCACGUUCGACUUCGCCCGCUGCGUUCCGAGGACGGGGAACACUACCGCCGAUACGAGUACCGCCUGAGAGCCAUCGGAGUUGAUGGCGAAGAGGAAGAAGAGGAAAGACAGCAAGAGUACCGGCUGAACCGACGGGUGAGAGUGGAGACUAACUCGCGCCGCCAUAGCUACGCGGACGCCGACGCGACUUCACGCCGCACCAUUAGUGAGCAAGACGAGUUAAGUGAGUCAUUUGGCUCGGAAGGGGAAGAGGAGAUCGUGACGCAGCUGUGA